UGCGCUCCUCUGACGCUACCCGGUCGGAGUCAUAACCUAGAAUAAAAAGGGAUACAAGACGCACCCAGACCCAAACACUUCGCACACGUGUUUGUCUCCACUUCUUCCAUGACAGAUAAUGUUAUCCUGAUCAAUCAGAAAAAGACCUGGGUGGACGCCUUAUAUUACUGCAGGGAGCACCACCGGGACCUGGUCUCCAUCACCAACCUGGACCAGCAGAGAUGGGUCCAAGAGAAAUCCAAGAAGGCCGACAGUCCCUACGUCUGGCUGGGACUGCGCUACACCUGCACCCUGGAUUUCUGGUUCUGGGUCAGUGACGAGGUGGUCUCCUAUGAGAACUGGGACUCACAAAAGACGGGUGAUGAUUGUGACAUGUCUGGAGCCAUGGACAGAGGAGGACAACAUACGUGGUUCAAAAAGAAUGACAAUGAGAAGUUUAAUUUCAUCUGUUCUAAGUAAAAACACUCUACUCA